GCUGAGAGCAGGUGGUGCCCUUCAACCGCCCUCUCACCGAUUGCAUGACCGCCACGACUCCUCUUCUUCAAAUCCCAACCAACCCAUAAAUAAACACCAUUUCCAGUUCCCAAUUCCCUAAUCAACUCAUCCCUUUCCCACACCCAUUCUGAUUCCGUGAUUCGCAAUGUCAGGAGCUCAGGGCGCGCAGCCGAAGGACUCGUUCACGGCCACCACGUACGAGUCCGUGCCCGGGGGCGAGAACCGCACCAGGACCGAUCUCCGUUCCCGGGAGGACGCCGGAAUGAUCCAGAUCGAUAAACUUCAGGACAAAGUUGAAGACGCCGCCGGGAAAGGCGGGCCGGUGUUCGGCGCCGGCAAGGAUGACAAAAAACAAGACCUUGGAGUUAGCGGCACAGGAUAGGAUAGGAUAGGUAGUUCCUUGUUUUCUUGUAAUAUAUUAGGAGAAUGCGUCCAAAGAAUCGAACCCUUUAAACGAAAUUGGACUUUCAAUUCCACUUAUGUUUCAAUUUGACUUUCAAUUUCACUUA